AUGUUGCAAAGCUUCACCUUUCCACCUGAGCCUGAGAAUGCAAGGGACAGACAUGUCCCGCCUUCCUUCAACAGGCACUUAGCCCCAAGGCCUAUUGCACCAGCACCACCUGGUGGGCGGGCUUUACACCGCAGAGGCCUGAGUCUCGAUCAAGGUGUUGCACGGCACCAGCAGAAUGCAUCGAUAUAUGGACAGGAGGCGUUUGACUGGUCCCGAUGGCUAGAUAUCGGAGACUACAACAUCAAUAACGCUUCAGAGAGUCUGCGGCCACGAACACCAAUCCACCAGACUGAUAAUGAAGAAUCCUUCCUGUUAACUCCUGCAACAACACCUUGUUGGAAAUCAGCGGUCAUCCCGCCGAGGAACUGCCGAACUGCGCAUUCAUCUCCCACCAAAAAGGCUCCCCCACCUCUACUCCCUCGAAAUGUUGAGCCAAUGCAACGAGCAAAAUCGUCCCAGGGACCCGCAGACGGCUAUUAUUCUCAGCAAGAUAUUCCACCAUUUCAAGAUGCACCGCUAUUUCAGCUGCCUGAGCAUUUUGAUUCUAAGUUGUCCAGGACAGACGAUGACAUCUUUACCGACCUCACCUUCCAUCAUGCUGAGAAUUCAGACCCAUUCACCUUAGGUGACCUCCCAUCACCAAUCAUGACCUCCUUCUCGUCCCUCCACGAGCUCCCCAAACAACAUACAUCAGAACUCGCUGUCAGACGAGGGAAAAAGGUUCCAAUUGCUCCAGCUGCAGCUCCAACUCCGGCUCCGGCUACCCUUCUACCAACGAGACCCAGGACUGGUUCCGCUAGCGGGUGUUCGUCUCCUAUAAAAGCGGCGUUAGCACCUCGUGUCGUCACAAUAGCUGAUCUCAAACUCGACGCCAGUAUCGAUGCGUCCCUAGAGGAAACAGGGGUUACUCUUGAGGAUAUAUGCGGCUAUAUUGAAGGUCCCGACCCAGCAGACAAUAAGUGGCAACGCGGGAUGUGCAGCGGUGCAUUUGUGGGUGCCGUAAGGAGAGCAGAACGACGUGGGAGACCUAGGAAGGAUCGGCCUAAAUUUGAAGAGAGACGGGAAAAGGCAACCAGAGCAAGACAACGAGAGAGGAAGAAGGCGCCUAGCCCGCCUGUCCAAGACUCUUCGUCGAGUUCAUCUUCAUCUGCACCAUCACCCGAAAGCGACAGCUACGAUGCCCCAAGCACUAGAGAACAUAGUCCUGCUAAGGAAAUGCUAUUCCUCGAUAUGGACUCGAUUGCUUUGCCUCCUGAUGUUUUCACAUUCACGCCUCCCGCAUCACCCAGCUACAGUACCGGCAACAUCGGCUCCCCAGCCCGUAGCUAUUAUUCAACGUCUCAAGAACCCGAAGAAAACCGACUUUGCCUAUCUCCCUCGAAACGAUACCUCGCCGACAUCCCUGAAGAGAUCCUGGAGCUCCCACCCCUUGACUGUGGAUCUCCAACCCCUGUCAAACGUGAAAGCAAGAGAGACCUGACAGGGUCGCCAUGCCGCACUUUAUGGCCAGCUAAUGCAGGGUCAACCCUCACUGAAGCAUCAAGCGGCAACGACUUCGACGAUGUAUUCUCAAGCCAAGCAAGCACGUCAACAUUCGAUCCGGACCAACUUCCUCCCUUGGGACCUCAGUCAACCACAGGCAUCUCCGAAUCUGGCUCAUCGCAAUAUGAUGAUGACAUAUUCCUGAGCCAAUUAAAUGGAGAAGGCGCCAAUCUCGACAAUGACUAUUUCCCGCUUUCACUAUCACCAAAUACUGAUGCUUUCUUUGAUUCAUUCACGACCGAGCUGAAAUAA